AUGAACCUUGAGUUUGCUGGUUUCGGUAUGAAGGUUGAUCUCAGGCGCACCGCCUAUUUGCCGUUUGUCACCUCGGCUUACUUGUUCAGCGCGGGCAAGACGAGCAUUGUGGAGUACUUGGCUGCGAGACUGGGCCAUCGCUGUGUACGUAUCAACAACCAUGAGCACACGGACAUCCAAGAGUACACCGGGAGCUACGCGGCGGACGGCAAUGGCAAGCUGGCCUUCCAAGAGGGCGUCCUUGUUGAAUCCCUGCGAAAGGGCUACUGGAUUAUAUUGGAUGAGCUCAACCUGGCUCCUUCCGAGGUCCUGGAGGCCCUGAAUCGACUUCUCGACCACAACCGCGAGCUGUACGUGUCGGAGACUCAGGAGACGAUCAAGCCCCACCCCAACUUCCGCCUCUUCGCCACACAAAACCCUCCCGGCGCUUACGGUGGCCGCAAGCCGCUUUCCCGGGCGUUCAGGAAUCGUUUCAUGGAGGCUCAACGGCAGAGCAGCCGGCUUUUCCUCGGAAAACACGGUGCGAUUUCUCCGCGCGAUCUACUGCGGUGGGCCGGCCGGAGGCCCCAGGGGAAGCAGCAGCUGGCGGAGGAAGGGUACAUGCUGCUGGCCGAGCGGCUGCGAAGCGAGGAAGAGAAGGCUGCCAUGAGAGCCGUACUUGAAGAGCAGAUCGGCGUGCCCUUAGAUCCUGACUGCCUUUACGGCACGUCUCCACCUCCCAGCCAGCCACACACCGGAGAAGCCAUGUUGGUGAAUGCAAUGGAGACCGGUGAAGUAUCCUCGGUAGUUGAUGAGUCUGAUCUUGGAGGAUUCUCGCAGUUGGCUAUCAUCGAGCCGAUUCUGGACAGAGGCGGUGGUAUCGAGGCUGGGCUUCAAGGAGUGGCCAUGACCAGGUAG